AGGCUGACAUUCCUGGGCAUCCCCUGGGGCUGAAAGGCUGCCUGCUCUUGGAAAGAGGAGCCUCUGACCCACUCCUCCCUCCUUCCAUCCUUCUCCAGCCAUGAAGCCCUGCUCUUCUCCUCCUCCUCCUUCUCUUCUGCUCAUCCUGCUCCUGGGGGCUGCCCCACUGCUGGGGACUUCGGAUACCUCCAAGGGGAAGCCCAAGGCCCUCCGUCAGAGGGAGGUGGUGGACCUGUACAAUGGAAUGUGCAUGCAAGGACCUAUUGGUGUUCCUGGAAGGGAUGGAAACCCAGGAGUCAAUGGAAUCCCUGGAACACCUGGGAUCCCUGGCCGUGAUGGGCUCAAAGGAGAAAAAGGAGAAUGUAUGCGAGAAAGCUUUGAGGAGUCUUGGACGCCAAACUAUAAACAGUGCUCAUGGAGUGCUCUGAACUAUGGCAUAGACCUUGGAAAAAUUGCAGAAUGCACAUUUACAAAGAUGCGUACCAACAGUGCUUUGAGAGUCCUCUUCAGUGGAUCACUUCGACUCAAAUGCAAAAAUGCCUGUUGUCAACGCUGGUAUUUUACAUUUAAUGGGGCUGAAUGUGCUGGACCACUUCCUAUUGAAGCUAUAAUUUAUUUAGAUCAAGGAAGCCCAGAAAUGAAUUCUACUAUUAACAUACACCGUACCUCUUCAGUGGAAGGAUUAUGUGAAGGAAUCAGUGCUGGUCUGGUGGACAUUGCUGUUUGGGUUGGUACCUGCUCAGAUUAUCCAAGAGGAGAUGCUUCAACUGGAUGGAACUCAGUCUCUCGUAUUAUUAUAGAAGAAUUGCCUAAAUAGAGCUUUUUUAGUUGUUCAUCUUUGCUACAACUCCACUUAAAAACAGUAAUAUACAAUUCUCGAUUUCUCAACAACAACUAAUUCUGAAAUGCAGAUAUAUACUCUUGGCAAAAAAGCCACUGAAAGUCCAUUCAGAGGGCUAUGAUGAUCUCUGGAGGCCAGUGCCCUAUGUUUUAAUGCUGUAUGUUUUUAAUUUUAUUAUUUUUUUAAUUGGUAAGAUGCUUUGUGUUCUAA